AUUAGAUAGUGAUGGAACAAGUAGGUGAUUGAGAACAAAGAUUCUUCUUUGCUGAUAAGGAAGAGAGCAAGACUAUCCCUGAGGCAGAAUCUAAGAGUGUUCUGUCUUGAGAAUAUAUGAUUUGGAGUAGGAUUUCUAAUGGCCUUUUUGAUUAUGAGAGCAAUCAAAAUGAUAUAAAAGCUGAUGUCUUUGCGAUUAAAUAACAAAGGGCUUAUUGUCAAUUCUAAGGCUCGGAUUACUCAUAUUCCUCAUUUGAAGGAUGGAAAAUGGAUUGAAAAUGAGGAAGAUCCUAAAUCACUUGCUUAUGUUGAGCAAUUAGAUAAUAAUGAGUUUAUAAUAAAACCGGUGUACACAACUUCUUCUAUUAAUAAUAGAUUGUGGCAGAUCGUGAGAGGGAAUCAUUUUGAACCUGGCCAAGCUGGGUACAUCAUUAAGCCCAAAGAUAUCAUAAAAAUAGGAAGAAUUUCUCUUAGAGUGAGAGAACUCGUUACUGAUAAUGUUGAGUCCUUUGUAUCCAUUGAUGAAGAGCUGGAAGACUGUGUUAAACUUAUGAAUGAGCCUGAUAAUAACGAAGCAUGCAAGUUCUGCUGGAUGAAUGAAGAAACUGAAGAUAAUCCAAAGCUUUGACCAUGCUCAUGAACAGGUUCGAUGAGAUACAUUCAUAUUAACUGUCUCAGACAUUGGAUAGACUCAAGGAAGCAGACUAAAGGUGAAAAUGGAGUGACUUCAGUAAUAUGGAAAAGCUUUGAUUGAGAAAUCUGUAAGAAGCCAUAUCCUUCUUUAUUUGAGUACAAAGGGAAAAAGUGGAGUUUGCACUCUCUCUUUGAGAAGGAUAGGGAUAACCUUCAGAAACCUUAUAUUAUACUAGAAAGUAUGAAAUGAAGCAGAAAUUCAGGAAAAGUAAUUCACACACUAAAAUGGAAUAACAGAAUUAUUCCGUACAAGCUUGGAAGAGGUCACGAAGCUGAUGUUCGAGUCACAAAUGAUAUUUCUGUUUCCCGCUUGCAUAUGCAGUUGAGUUAUCAGAAUGGAAAUUUUAUUAUCAAGGAUUUGAAGUCCAAGUUUGGUACCUUGGUACUUGCAAACAAAUUUAUCAAAAUCAGCAAAGGCCAACAUUCUACUAUACAAAUUGGGAGAACAGUGAUGUCAUUUACUGUCCAGGAUCUAACAAGGUUCAAUACUGGAGCUUUUGGACCUAAGAAUUCUGAUUCUCUUGACAUCAAAUCCUUCUUUGAGCGAGAUUUUCACAUCCCAUACUUUGGGAUGCCAGAGGGACAAGAAAAUGUUAAUCUUCCACAGGAAGACAUCGUUAAAAAUAUUCCCCAGUUCAAGGUACAUAGUAAUACACCUGUAAUGAAGGGUACCCUCCUUCCUCCUGCUGAAUACCAGGUCGAUAUGGAACGGCUGCAAGAGGAAGAAGAUAGAAGAAGGGACUUGGAUAAUAUGUAGAUUAUGCCAAUAAUAGUAUAUGCCUAAUCUAUAUAUCGAAAACAUUGACACCAUUUAAAUACUUUCCAAACAGUAAAAUGAUUUAAGUUAAGGGUUCUUACAGAUCUG